AUGGAAAAGCUGCUCUGGAGCCUGCUGGUGAUUGGAAUGGCGAUGGCAGUCUAUGCUUGUCCCAAAUACUGCGUGUGUCAAAACCUGUCAGAGUCGCUGGGCACUCUGUGUCCCUCCAAGGGCCUUCUGUUUGUCCCACCGAACAUCGAUCGGAGGACCGUUGAGCUCCGGCUGGGGGGCAACUUCAUCUUUUCUGUGAGCCGGCUGGACUUUGCCAAUAUGAGUGGCCUUGUUGAUCUGACUUUGUCCCGGAAUACCAUCGACUACAUCCAGCCCUAUUCAUUUGUCGAUCUGGAAAGCCUUCGAUCCUUGCACCUGGACGCCAACAGGUUGACGGAGAUUGGCGGCAACGUGUUCCGGGGCCUGUUGAACUUGCAGCACUUGAGCUUGAACAACAACCAGCUCCACCGGGUGGCAGAGGGGGCGCUCGACGAUUUCCUGAUGACACUGGAGGACUUGGACUUCUCCUACAACAACCUGGUGAGGCUGCCCUGGGAAGCGCUGAGCAAGAUGACCAACCUGCACACCCUCAGCCUGGACCACAACCUGAUCGACUACAUCCCUGAGGGAACAUUCACGGAGCUGCAGAAGCUGGCCCGGCUGGACCUCAUCUCCAACAGGCUGCAGAAGCUCCACCCUGACCCCAUCUUUGCCAGGUCUGAGAUGCUGCUGAUGUCCACCACCCCCUACUUCCCACCGCUGACCCUCACCCUGGGCGGGAACCCGCUCCAUUGCAACUGCGAGCUGCUCUGGUUGCGGCGGCUGAGCCGGGAGGACGACAUGGAGACCUGCGCCUCCCCGGCUCACCUUAAGGGGCGCUACUUCUGGUACAUCUCGGAGGAGGAGUUUGUGUGCGAGCAGCCUCUCAUCACCCAGCACAGCCUGAAGGUGCUGGUGCUGGAGGGGCAGACGGCCACACUGCGCUGCAAAGCCAUCGGGGACCCCAGGCCGGUCAUCCACUGGGUGGCGCCAGAUGACCGGAUCCUCGCCAACUCCUCCAGGACCGUCAUCUAUGAGAACGGCACCCUGGACAUCCUGAUCACCACCUCGCAGGACUACGGCACCUUCACCUGCAUCGCGGCCAACGCGGCCGGGGAGGCCACUGCGUCGGUCGAGCUCUCCAUCGUGCAGCUCCCUCACCUCAGCAACGGCACCGGGAGGAGCCUGCUGCCCGACUCCCGGCUCUCCGACAUCACCGGCUCCACCAGGUCGCACCGGGGCGAGGGCAAGGCUGCGCCGGAGAAAAAGGUCACGGUGUCUCAGGUGACAGCCAGCACGGCACUGGUCAAGUGGUCAGUGGGCCACUCCGCACCCAAGGUCAAGAUGUACCAACUUCAGUACAACAGCUCGUCCGAUGAAGUGUUGGUCUACAGAAUGAUUCCUGCUUCCAAUAAGGCCUUUGUUGUGAAGAACCUGGUGUCUGGCUCUGGUUACGAUCUCUGUGUCCUGGCCAUAUGGGAUGACACGGCCACUACUCUGACAGCCACCAAUGUGGUGGGCUGUAUCCAGUUUGUCACCGGAGUGGAUUACAAUCGGUGCAGGUCCUUCCACGGCCACUUUUUGGGCGGCACCAUGAUCCUGGUGAUUGGGGGCAUCAUUGUGGCCUCGCUCUUGGUCUUUAUCAUCACCCUGAUGCUCAAGUACAAGUUUUGCGGCAGCCAGGACAAGAUGGCGGCGGUUAGCGAUGAGUGCUCGCAGACGGCAGCGGCAGCAGCGUCGGCCUUCCCUGUCCACAACGGGAUCCUGCCUCAGUUUCAGCCACCCAAAGCCACGGGCCGUGACGAGCUGCUGGAGUUCAACUGCGGCUCCCUCCGCAGCAGCCUGUCCUCGCCGUCGUCGUCGUCUUCGGGGUCCAGCCAGGACUGCUACAGCCUCCGCAGCGACAGCAGCACCCUCUCUCGCAAGUGGCGGGCCACCUCCAGCAGGCACAACAUCGACCGCCUCAUGGGGGCCUUCGCCUCCCUCGACCUGCGGUGCCAGCGCAAGGAUGAGCAGGAGGCCCGUGACUCCCGGGCGUCCACCCUGGCCCGCUACUCAGACAAGGAGCCGCUGCUGGGCCGCAGCGAGUCGCGCCUCAACAAGCUGCUGGCGCUGCCCAUGGAGGGCAAGGCCCGGCGCAGCCACUCCUUUGACAUGGGGGACUUCGCCUCCGGCCAGUGCCUCAGCUACCCCAGGAAGAUCACCAACAUCUGGACUAAGAGGAGCCUGUCGGUCAACGGUGUGCUCGUCCAGUAUGACGAGGACGACAUCGAGAUCACCAAAGGGGUCUACUCCAGCUCGGACUGGGUGAUGGAGAGCACCGUUUGA